AUGGCUGAGACAAACCCAACAAAAACCUGGUCCCUAUGCGAAAUACUCCCCGCCAACCACCUGAAACCCAUCCCAUUCGAGCAAUUCGCCCAGCCCUUCACUGGCACCCCCGAUGCCGCCAAUAUGGUCUCUCUCCGCCGUAUCUGGAAGUCCGAGCCAGAGAUCUGCACCGAGAAGCAUGAGCUCCUCCCAGCAUUCCAGCAUGUUAUAGACACGCCGGAAAAGGACCACGAGCGCUGGCUGAUAGUAGCUUACAUCAGACCGUUCACUCUAGACAACCGGGACUUAGUUGAGUUUAGCUGGCGGAACAAAGGAGGCGAGGUCACUCCUACUUUUAUGGAGGAUCACUCGUCGCCUUGGGCGGUGGAGACGGCGUGGCAAAAGUUUUAUCUUCUUGGAGAUUUGCCGCCGCAGAUUGAAGCAUGGGUUAAGAGGAGCGUAAGGUCGCCGGAGAUAGACGGCGCGGUCAGGGAGUCUGCGUAUUGGGCGCUUGGGAAAUUCUACACGGCGCAUUUGCGGAAGGGGCAGGUAGCUGCGUUUUGGGCUGAGCCUGUGCUGAAUGUAAUGCCUAGGUCUAAUAUUGCCUGA